CAGCAAUGCCCGCCUCCGAGGCCGUCCUGCAGCCAUCCCCCAGCAAGAGGCAGAAGGGCUCGGUGCCUGCGGAGCCCACCGCACGGCUCCGCUUCACUAAGCUGUCCGAGAACGCCUCCGCCCCCUCCAGGGGCUCUGCUGGGGCUGCGGGCUACGAUCUGUACAGUGCCUAUGACUGUGUGAUACCACCCAUGGAAAAGGCUGUAGUGAAAACAGACAUUCAAAUAGCACUUCCUUCUGGAUGCUAUGGCCGAGUAGCACCACGUUCUGGUUUAGCUGCAAAACACUUCAUAGAUGUUGGUGCUGGUGUUAUUGAUGAGGAUUACAGAGGAAAUGUUGGUGUCGUACUCUUCAACUUUGGCAAGGAGACUUUUGAAGUUAAAAAAGGGGAUAGGAUUGCCCAGCUCAUCUGUGAACGCAUUUGCUAUCCUGAGCUAGAAGAAGUUCAAACUCUAGAUGAUACAGAACGUGGCGAAGGUGGCUUUGGUUCUACUGGAAAGAACUGAAAAUGAUUUGAAUAUGCUUUCUGGUUUUGACUUUUUUUUAUGGUAUUUGUAAGUUUUCAUUUGAAUUAGAAGUGGGAUUUUAGAGUACAUUAAAAAAAAAAAGUUUUAUUCAAACUUCUCUGUAUCUGUCCUGUCUAUUUUUACAGGCAGUGAAUUCAUCUGUAUUAUGGGGAAAUAUGCAUGACUGACUUGAUUGAUUGAUUAGUUGAUGGAUUAUUUUUUCUUUUUAGAUGUUCAGUCCUCAGUAAUAAGAACUCGUUGUUUAUGUGCUGAUUAUACUCUAAUAAAUUAAAAAAUAACUUAAUGA